AUGGCACCCAGGUACCAGGAGAGUAUGACCCUUGACACCGUUCCGCGCGUUAAUUUCGCGCAUACACUCUGUGUUCAAGCGAGGGCUCGCAAUGAGAUGCGAUGCAAUGCGAUGAGCGAAUUGGCAGCGGCCGAGCUGCGGGUCACUCACCUAACGGCCCCCCGCCCCCCUGUUCUCGUCCCCGCGACGUACGUACAACACGUUACG